UAUACUGCUGUGACAAACCUUGACUACUCACUGACACAUUUUUUGUUUCCUGAAACUUUUUCCUGCUCAGAAAUUAUUAAAAGGAGAGAGAGAAAGAGAAAUGAGAGAAUCAAAGACUUGAAUGAUUGCACACGUCUUAUGAAGAAUCAUCUCUCCUUGAAGGUAUUCUCUGAACAUCUCUCAACAUCUCUGUUCUCUAAAGUGUACUCUCGACAUCUCCUCUCCCUGAGUAUAUUCUCAGAAGAGCUUCUCUACUGGACUGGACAAUCUGUGGUGUGGAAAUGAAGAACUCCCUGACACAGCUGCUCUGCAAGUACCUAGCUGAGCGACGUCUUUACCAAAGUCGUUUGGUCACCAAAGAUGGCCACUGCAACAUCGAAUACUGCAGUGUGAGAUCCACCAGUUUCUUUGCCUAUGCUCUUGACCUAUGGACUACUUUUAUGGAGAUCCGUUGGCGUUUUGUUAUUGUUCUCUUCGUGGGCUCCUUCACUCUAAGUUGGUUCAUUUUUGCACUCUGCUGGUACUGGAUCGCUCAUAACAAUGGGGAACUGUCCUGGCAAGUCCAACCAGCAAACACCUUGAAAUGCUUCAAUAAUGUCACUGACCUGACCAGCGCUUUCCUCUUCUCCAUGGAAACGCAAACAACGGUGGGCUACGGCGGACGAGACAUCACCGCAAAUUGCCCUGUUUCUGUUGCUCUAGUCAUCAUUCAGGCUCUGGUGGGAUCAAUUAUUAACUGCUUCUGGUGUGGACUGGUUAUGGCCAAAAUCACCCUGCCCAAGAGAAGAGCCAAGACCAUCACCUUUAGCAAAAUGGCUGUCAUCUGCCCUAAAAAUGACACCCUCUGCCUGCAGAUACAAGUGGCCAACCUACGCAAAACCCUGAUGAUCGGGAGUCAGGUCUACGGCAAGCUGAUUAGGACACUAAUCUCACCUGAAGGCAAGACAGUCAUCCUGGAUCAGGUUCAUAUUGACUUCACAGUGGAUGCUGGGAAGGACAGCCUGUUCUUUAUAUGCCCUUUGACCCUCUAUCAUGUGAUUGACAAAACAAGUCCAUUUUCUGAGUUCUCUGUGGACACUCUGCACCAGCAGGAGUUUGAGCUGGUGGUGUUCCUGGACGGGACAGCCGAAUCCACCAGCUCUUCCUGCCAGGUCAGGACUUCCUACAUCCCUAAGGAGAUCAUGUGGGGCUACCAGUUCCUCCCCACCAUCUCUCGCAACAAAGAGGGCAAAUAUCGCGUGAACUUCUCCAACUUUGACAAGGUCGAGCCCCUAACGACAACCAACAGUGCUGAAUACUCCAACAGUGAGAAAUUAAAUAUUCAACUCUCCAAACAUGGCAUUGAUAAUCAGGGUUUUGAAGAUAUCAACAUUGGUGACUCUGUCACUCAAACGAAAAUGUGAUGAUACACGCACACGGACACAUUCAGCAUGGUUGUCUACUACACGUAAAUCAACACGUCUUUAUUUCUUUAAGCAGUUCAUGCAUAAUCCUCUCCAUACAAAUCCACAUCUCAGCCUAAGUGCCGGGAAAAGCACUGCCGGGCCAUGACAUCUGAGACAUGUACAUGGUCUUAAGACUAGUAAAGGUUGGAUUUUUGCAUUUUCUGAU